AUAAAUACAAAUACAAGAAGGCUAACUGUCAUUUGAUACAAAGUUUCUCAUAGGCCAACAAUGCGAAUUAGUCUUUUGUUGUUGGCACUAGGCCUGGCCGUCGCGACAGGUGCUCCUAAGAAUUCCGAAAGGAUUGUUGGUGGUUCAAUAACUACUAUAUCAGAGUAUCCAUAUGGCGCUGCUUUACUGUUUUCUUCGGUUGUCACAACUUUCUGGCAAGUUUGCGGUGGAACCAUAUUGAAUAACAGAGCUAUUCUUUCUGCUGCUCAUUGUUUCUAUUAUACCUCGGCGAUAAAUUGGCGCAUCCGUGUUGGCUCAUCUUACGGCAACAGCGGAGGUGAUGUCCAUCUCACUAGCCAAAUCAUAAUGCAUCCCGAAUACAACGACUUCACCUACGUUAAUGAUAUCGCAAUACUAAGAGCUUCUACUAACUUCGCGUUCAACAACGACGUGCAACCUGGAAGUAUCGCGGGUCCUAAUUACAAUCUUAUCGAUAACCAAGUUGUUUGGGCUAUCGGAUGGGGUGCUACGACUUUCAAAGGACCACGGUCUGAACAAUUGCGUCACGUUCAAGUAUGGACUGUAAACCAGGCUACAUGUAGGCAACGUUAUGCUGAAAGACGUGAGGUCACUGGUAACAUGUUGUGCUCUGGAUGGCUCGACGUCGGCGGUCGCGACCAGUGCCAAGGCGACUCUGGUGGUCCCCUCAUCCAUAACAACGUUGUCGUCGGUGUAUGCUCCUGGGGAUACGAAUGUGCGCGCGCUGAAUACCCUGGUGUUAAUACUCGAGUUUCAAGCUAUACACCUUGGAUCCAGGCAAAUGCCUAAAAUUUUUGUAUCACCAAUAAACUGUUUAAAAAAAGAACAUUA